AUGACACUGUUGCAGCCCACACUCCACAGUUGUGAGCAUCGAAGACUUGGAGGUCGAAAAAAGACUUCUUUUUUCUUCUUCGUCUUCUUCUUCUUCUUGUUGUUGAGCACAGGCGUGCGCGCAAAGGACACGAUAUCUUCCGUUCACCAGCACGAGCUCUCAGCAGACUUCUACGCAAAAACAUGCCCGCAAGUGGACAAUAUCGUUGGCUCCGUCACCUCUCAGCGCCAUAAGACUCUUCCAGCCUCUGGACCUGCUACCAUUCGCCUCUUCUUCCAUGACUGCUUCGUCCAAGGCUGUGAUGGUUCGAUACUACUGGAGGCGGGGGCAGAGGGGAAGGUAGAGAGGCAGAUGUUCGAGAACAGGAAUUUGGGCACUGAGGGCUUCGACACAGUUAACUUAGCCAAAGCUGCAGUAGAGAAAAUAUGUCCAGGACUCGUCUCCUGUGCCGACAUACUCGCCAUUGCAGCCCGUGAUUUCGUCCAUCUGGCAGGAGGGCCAUACUACGCGGUCAAGAAAGGAAGAAAGGACAGCAAAUAUUCGCCGUCACUGGCCGGUCUGCCGACCAUAGUACGCGUCAACCUUCCCCGGGCCAACUCCACGAUAACAGAGCUCAUCGCCCUGUUCGCCGCUAAAGGACUGACCACCACGGACCUGGUCGCUCUCUCCGGCGCCCACACCAUCGGCUUUUCGCAUUGCGACCAGUUCGUGUCCCGCCUCUACUCCGGGUCCACCAUCGAGGCCCCAGCGAUGGAGCCUCGGCUUCUCCAGGCUCUUCGGCUACAGUGCCCGCGUACCGGAGGCAAUGCCGACGUGGUGGUGCCGCUGGAUGUGGUAACGCCGUUCGAGUUCGACAACGAGUAUUAUGAAGGGAUCGGAAAGGGGCUGGGGGUAUUGGCAACGGAUCAGGCGUUGGGCUUAGACAGGAGGACGGAGACGAUUGUGAGGGAGAUGGCCACAGAUAAGGGGAAGUUCUUCGCGGCAUUUGAGGCGGGGAUGGAGAGAUUGGGGGGAAUUAGGGUGAAGAAGGGAAAGAAGGGGAAAUCAGAAGGGAUUGUAGAAGGCAUUUGACGUAGCCUGUUUGUAGAUUAUUAUUUUAAUUAUUAACAUCAAAAUUCUUUGGAGUGAUUGCAGAAGUUCAGUUUAAGGCUAUCUGCUGCAGGAGUGGCUCUUUGUCUGGCUCUUAGGAUUGAGCUGGUGGAUGAUUGAGCAUUCUUCAUUUUGAAUUUGUUGGCUGUUACACAGCUCAACUUGGCUUGUUGGUUGAGAGCUUAUGCUUCCAACUAAGAGGUCUUGGGUUCGAGUAUUUGUGUAUGCGUUGUGUGUGUGAGUUUGCCUAAAUGGCCUAAAUGUCCCAAAAAAAAAAAAAAAAAAAAAUUUGUUGGCUGUUUCGGUUUAAUAGAUUCUUUUGUAUUUCUAGUCCUUUGGACUAGUUUUGUUUUUUCUUUUCACCCUUUGUUGUAGGGUGUUCUUUUUCUCUUUUUUAGCAGA